CGACUCAAAAACACAUGGAGACCCUUCAAGUCAUUCGUUUCUUUUGGAGGCUUCAAAAGCGGAAGUUGUUUUGUUUGUGUGUCAGUGUGUGUAAUACAAGUUCAUGGUGGAAUGCAACAGUGAAACAGUAAGACUCCAUGAUAGGGCAGUUUUCACACAGUAUACAAAUACAUUGUAAUAUGCGGCCUGGAGAGUGAUCAAAGGCCUCCUCCAGACGACAGAUCGAGACGAAAUUUGUGGAUGAAGAGAUCACGUGAUGGACAACUUAACACAGGCUCAGCAUGAUGAUCCACAGGACUCCAGUCUUCCAGAAGGCGCGGUGUUGCUGAACUCAGCUUCUGAGGCCGGUAACUGGGAUCUGGUCAGAGAUGUCAUCUCCGAUGCUGACGUCUCACCCAGCGACAUCAGACAGUCUUUUCUCUUACAGAAACUGGAGUCUGCGACUGUUGAUCAUCAUCUUGUCAGAGACAUUCUCAAGGAAAUAUUUUCAAGCGAAGCAAGUGUUCAGACGAUGAAAAGCAUCGCCCAAGAUGUUUUCAUAAAAGCGGCUCACUGUGACAACUGGGAAUUCCUGAUUGAUUUUCUCCUGACGACUGAAUCCUUGUUUGAUGACGAGACCACCCUGCUGUCAGUAAUUCGACUGAUGGCUUCAAGUCAGAUGCUUCAGGCAAACCCUUUCCUACAUAUGGACGUUUUUACUGCACUGUGGAAACAUGCAAAUCAGAAGAUUAUCGACAGCAAAGACAAGAGUGUUCAAAACACCUUGGUACAGAUGGCGGCGAAACUCAACAUGUGGUCACGUGUCUGUGACCUUCUCGUCACCAAACCGGACCUCAACCUCCUCGACAGGGAAGGUCUGUCAGUCCUACACAGACUGGUCAUGUGUCCUGACAGCAGGCUCGACUCUCUUAUUCCGGUUCUUCUGGAAAAUGGCGCCGACGUCCACAUCAAGACCAAAAAAGAGACACAAUCUUGCACCUGA